AUGGCAACCCCAUCGGGGGCUUAUCUGCCCACACGACCCUCGUCCGUCCUUGAGCCCAUCCCCCAUUACCCCAGCAAUGUUGUUCCAGAAGAGCGGGUCACGUUACGCAUGACCAUUCUGCUAUCCAAUGGGGUCCGCGUCGACCACCAAUUCACCUUCCCCGCCAUGAAUAUCGCAAACUGCAUCAUCCACGGCGAAGGCGAAAUGUACUCGGUGGAAAUCACCCACCGCUGCUCCUGCCGGCGGCUCCUGCACGAGGAGCUCGUCCGCAUGCUCCCCGGGUUCCUGCGUGAGAACGAUGUCUAUUGGUUCCGCACCCGCAACCCGGAGACAAACAUCCACCAUACCUGCCUAUUCGACGGCGCAGAGCUGGAGAUGCAGCUCGUGACCUCGCAUGUCCCCGAGUGCGGCUUCUGUUUCGCGCGUAGAGCGUUUAUUGCUGAGCGGGAUGCCUUUGAUCGGCAGCAGAUGUCCAACAAGGGUUCGUCCUCGUCGCCGCGGGACCAGAGUCUGAGUCCCGGGUGGACGUUCCGUGAGCCCUCGGAUACGGAGCGGUUGCGUGUGAAUCGCCAUGGCUGGGAGAUUAUGUUUGUGCUCCAUCCUGAUGCGAGAGAUGGUGCGGUGACUGUCUCAAGGCUGAAGAUGGAGUUGUGUCGGAUUCUUUCGAUCGCGGACCCGAGGCGCAUUAUACUAACCAGUGGGCCGUUCGUUUGGGGCGUGGAGUUCCAGGAGGAUGGCAAGGAUUACUAUAGCACGUAUUUUAUGGUGAAUGUCCUCCCCCCCAACUCCAACCCCAUCGGUAUGUCGACUAUUCCCGAGAACAACUCCCGCCCCCAUCGAUGUGUUUAUUGCGGCCUCAGCUUCAAGCGAUCUGAGCAUCUGAAGCGCCACGUAAGGAGACACACGAAAGAACGGCCAUUUCGAUGCCGAAUAUGCGGCGAGAGUUUCUCCCGCAAGGAACUGCACGAUCGGCACCACCGCACCCGCCACGGUGCAACCUCCAGCAUCCCCUUGCCGGAAAUCGUGGAGACGGAGCCGCCGUCGAGUUCGACCGCCGCUCGAUCAAGCCAGUACCUGGCAGACUCAGCGCAGGCUGCUACUCCGCAGGACAGCUCGCCGAGCCAGCCGCACCCGCAGCAACAGUACCUUCCUUCUGUCGAGGGGCCUGCAGGAUCGACCCUCCAGGCUCCGCUGACUGGUGAGACCCCGCGACUUGAACCCGUGUAUCUGACAGGACACCCCGGAAGUCCUGCAUUCCAGGAGCAUGCAUACCCGGUCCUGACCGAUCGGCACCGGGAUUCUCGGCUCCAGACGCCAUUGGGAAGCGAGACUCCCCCGUGGUUGAAAUUACCCAGCGGGCUGGAGUUUGCCUCGUUGCUCUCGGCGUUGAAUCGGUCUCCGCUGUCGACCAGUCUUCCGACUCCGUUGCGGUUGUGCACGCCGCAGAGCGAGGCGCUCUUCGAACAGGACCGGAAUGAAGCGGCGCGGUUGGGUAUCGAGAAGGCGCUCGAGGGGCUGAGGAGUGUCAAUAUCGUGGGCGGGGAGGAAAAGUCCCGCCGUUUUGAGAUCCCUGACAUGGAAUCCCUUUAUCGGUACUGGCAUAUGUUCUUCGAGAUACCACAUAAGAACCUCCCGUUUGCUCAUCCGCGAUCAGAGAAUUAUCAAAUACCAGCAAUUGCCAUUGGGGUGCUCGCCGAUGGGGCUAUGUACUGUGAUGAACCCGAGAUUGGCCAGAUGUUGUUUGAGGCUUCGCGCCGGAUGGUGGCUCAUCAUAUGAACACGCUCUACACUCGCGAAAACAAAACAAUCCCCAUCUGGAUCUUCACCACCCUUCUGCUCAAUUGCGUCUUUGGGCUGCCAGGAGGCAAGUCAAGCGAGAGCGACAUCACCCUCGGCAGCCUCGACAGCUUGAUCAAUCUCGCCCGGGUCAUUGAGUCAGGUCCCGCCAUGGACCUUGUCGACCAGGCUUGCACCAUGGAGGAAAAGUGGCAGAGCUACAUAGAAGGAGAAUCCCAUCGCAGGUCGAUUCUGUGCUUCAUCGUCGUGAGCGGUUUAUGGUCGGUCGCAUACGAGCCGAUCGUGAACGUGCUAGACUUCCCCUUCAGCCUCAUCGAGUUCCCAUGGUCCGAGACCCUCUGGAACGCACGCUCCGCCGUCCAAUGGCACGUACUCUACCAAGAUCCGCAGAGCCGGUCGCCCGGCAGCUGGUCAGAGAACGUGGAAGCGCUCCUAUUCGGCAAGCCGCGGCCGCUCAACGGGCUCGCUUCGCUCUGCCUCGUGGUCGGGCUGCUCCUCUACAUCGACGGCCUCCGCCGCGAAGCCGUCCUCGACAUCGUCGAGAUCAACUCGUAUCUGCAGCAUGCGCUGGACAAGUGGUUCAUCAUGCACGACCGCACGAGCCUGGAAAACCUGGCGAUCAACCACCUGUGCUACCCGGCAGCGUACUACCUACGCAUCUCGCUGGUUCUGGAUGUCCGGCAGACGAUGGAUCUGAUGCGCAGUAUGCAGUUCGCGGCGAUGCGGAAAGUGCUGCAGGAGGGCGAUUUAAUCCAGGCGGCUGCAUUUGCGCGAGCUGCCAUGGUCCCGUGGGCGAUUAGUCGUCGCAAUCAGACGUCGAUGGUUGCCAUGCCUUGUGGUUGUACUGACUUUCUAGGCGUGGUUAUCACGGAGUGGGCCAUCAAUGUGCUGAGCACUCAGCCCGAGGAUUCGCCUCAGCGAGAAGCGCUGAGGGCGUUUGAGAACUCUAUCCGGGAGUACUGGCCUGUCGUGCCGUUUGCAUCUGCUGUGGAUGUCUGGCGGGCAGUCCGGAGAAUCAUUGCCAAUGGACCAGGUUUGUGA